AUGAAGCCGACGCUAUUCGAUCGUCAUAUGUACGGACCCUACACGAGAGUUCCUCCCACCGUUCUCCCAAAGGUUCCCCCUCGGAAGAAGCUUCAGCAGCAACGACCGGCGGUGUUCAAGCCGCCUGCGGGAGAGUUGAACUCGCUGUCCCUGGCCCAGAUCACCCCCGAGCUGCUGCGGACGGUUCUGUACGGGCGGUGGCAGGGGAAGAGCGGGGAGACACGCGCGGUCAGCCCGCGGGAGGGCAGGGUCCCGUCCCCUGAACACCACCACCGGGCGCAGGCCGACCAGGAAUUUCCGAGUCUGCCGGGACUGGUUUUGCCGCCUCAGCUGGAGGCGCGCCGUUCCCAGAUCCCGUGCCGGCGCUGGGGCGUGUUCGCCCGGGCCUGGAUCAAACCCGGCACCGAGAUGGGCCCGUACUCAGGCAGGAGGGUCAGUCCAGCAGAGGUGGACCCGGUUGGGGAAAACGAGUUCAUGUGGGAGGUGUUCACGCCGUACGGAGACCUGAGUCAUUACGUGGACGCGAGCCGCCAGGAGGACCGCAGCUGGAUGGCGUACGUCAACUGCGCCAGGAGCGAGCAGGAGCAGAACCUGGAGCUGUUCCAGAAGGGAGAACACAUCUACUACAGGGCCAUGAAGGCCAUCCCGCCAGACGAGGAGUUGUUAGUGUGGUACCGGUUCAGUCCGUCCACGUUCCUGGGCAUCCCGGGUGUGCCACAGCCGGACGAGUUCACCGCCAAGAAGGAAGACGAGCCCGUGCCCGCCGACCGUCCCCCGGCUGCUCCCGUGACGCACAGGCUGAAAUGCGUCGUCUGCAACCGGGGAUUCAACUCACGCAGCAACCUCCGCUCGCACAUGCGCAUACACACCCUGGAGAAGCCCUUCAUCUGCAAGUUCUGUCAGCGGAGCUUCAGUCAGUCUUCAACUCUCAGGAACCACAUCAGAUUACACACAGGAGAGAAGCCGUACAGAUGCGACAUCUGCCACAGCGCGUACUCCCAGCUCGCGGGGCUCCGGGCGCACCAGAAGAGCUCCCGGCAUCGCCUUCCCGCCAACCCAGAAUCCGUCCCGUCAUCCUCCACUCCCGCGCAUGCGCUCCAGGCCGACUCCUCCACCUACAUCCGGGACACGAAAUCAGACGGUAGCAGUGACAGGUCGACGCCAUCGCCGGAUCAGUCGUUCUUCGCGACGUAUUUCGCCUCCGAGAGGGUACGGACUGAAAACAGCAUGGCAUUCGUUCGGUCGCCAUGUUGACAUGUACAGUGGUAGAAAAUCUUUCGUUUACAGUGAAAAUAAAAAUCCAAGCCUUAAAGCGAUGGAAACAUUUUAUUCCACCACGAGUUAAGUGCCUAGAGAGACUCCGAACUAAACCAUGCGCAAACCAACACCAAGAGAGUCAGACCAUGUCUAGCAAGAUAUUAGACGUUGAACAAUGACAACAACAACAAUCUUAUUCCUAAAACGAGAAGGUUUGGGGCAGAUCUAUAACGUACUUCGCCUCCGAGAGGGUACGGACUGAGAACUCCGGCCAUGUCUUUCGUU